GUCAGUCGCGCGCGGCCUCUCAAACGCGACGCAUCUCUCGUCCGUUCGUGCGAUAUCUCGCGUUUCUCACGACAAUCUCGAGCCCCGUAUCUUCUUCUCCCCCUCUUCGAAAAGUCGUCCCGCAACUCCGCCACCUUCUGUAAGAAUAAUCUCCAAGGGUGCGAUACAGGAUUUACGUUAAUUGAACAAUUUUCAACCCGAAUUAAAUAAUAUAUUAGCUGCUUUUGAAAACCCAUGUGUUUCUAAUCUCACGUACGGUGUCUGCUGUGGCGAGGCUGGAAAAUCGGGGUUUAACCUGCACAUCGACGAUGGUGAUUUUGAACACUUAAAUUAUAUAACCCGCGAAUGAUCACGGUUGUUUAAUUGUACAGGAAAUAAUGAUAUUUCUCACGUUGCACUUUGUAAAAUAGCAACUGUGUCAGGGUUUAAAUUUUUCAACAAACAUAUACACACACAUAUUGCGUUCUAAACGAUCUGUAUUAAUUUUACGAUAGUAUAGAAAUACGUAGUACGAUAGCGAAGAUUCAGCUGUGAUCGAGCACGUAUUUAGUUACAUAUGCGAUUUAAAAAGAAACGAAAGAAGAAAAUCCGUCUCAUUUCAUCUUAAUUAUACACGUGUAAAAAACCUAGUGACGAAUCGUGAAAAACCACAAUAUUAUAUGCAUCGUAAGGUCGUUAAAUAUACGUGAACACGGUUAUUUGUUCCGCGAGUGAGUUAGCUGUCAUCUCCCACACAUCCCAACCAACAUUUAUCGUCAUUUCAGCCGCGCCAGACUGGCGCGUAAAACCUAAUUCCGACCACUAAACUUGUCAACGUUUAACCAACGCGAAACCCAAGCAACCAUUAAUAUAAGUGAUAAGAAGCAUUGAGUAAGUGACUGGCGUUGUAAAGUAUACGUUAACAGAUUUAUACCACGGGUCAAACACGAUUACGCACGUGUCGCCUAUGGUUCGAGAAAUAGGGUUCAAUUAAGACACGGUACCCGAGUUAUCCGUCCAAAUUUCGCGGACCACGACAGAAACGAGGAGAAAAUUUUUUUUAACAUCGUUGGCUAACUUUGUUCGGCACAACUGAUAAAGCGAGUGAAACGCAAGAGUCAAACCAUCCCUGGAGUGUCCGGCAAACACGCGAUAUAACAAAGACUCCAAUCAGGGCUGGAAGCUGCUGCAGGCUGGCGUUGAUCAAGAAAUCGCUAGCGCAACUUCAACUAUCAUUAACUGAGGUUUGAAAACACUGAUGUGCUGCUCGCAAAACAAGACAAGCGUGACGGCGAUAUUAGCUGAAUAAAGACGUCGAGCGUGGCGGAUCUGUCAGUCAUAUAUCUUUCCAGCGAGUCAACUGUUUCACAAACCUUCCACAAUGGCUGCCAGUUUAUGACAAAUCUGGCUGUCGGGCUGAUUGAUUGAGUGAGAAAUCAGAAGCGAAGCAAGUCCGAGGGUCGAAAACUGGGGAGUAAAGUUGAACCGGGAAUCAUUUUUGUCUCCAAGUCUCCAACGUGGCUAAGAGCCUAAGCCCGCGUCGAGUGCACCAGGAGUGCUCAGGGGUGGAGGUGGAGGUGCAAGUGCAGGUGCAGGAAAGGCGAGUUGGGGCAGUGAGGCGCAUGCCUUACCUGGGGCCUGACAUGACAUCCCGGCUGUCAGCCUUGUUCUACACGGUCGAGGUCGGGGACACAAAGUUCACCAUCCUCAAACGCUACCAAAACCUCAAGCCAAUUGGAUCCGGAGCCCAGGGUAUCGUCUGUGCGGCCUACGAUACAGUGACAGCGCAAAAUGUAGCCAUCAAGAAGCUGUCCAGACCGUUUCAGAAUGUAACACACGCGAAACGAGCUUACAGGGAAUUCAAGCUCAUGAAACUCGUGAACCAUAAAAACAUCAUCGGACUUCUGAAUGCAUUCACACCUCAACGAUCCUUGGACGAGUUCCAAGACGUCUACCUCGUUAUGGAGCUGAUGGAUGCCAAUCUGUGCCAGGUGAUCCAAAUGGAUUUGGAUCACGAACGCAUGUCCUAUCUCCUGUAUCAGAUGCUCUGUGGAAUCAAGCACUUACAUUCCGCUGGCAUUAUUCAUAGGGAUUUAAAGCCGAGCAAUAUUGUUGUGAAAUCGGAUUGUACCCUGAAAAUAUUGGACUUUGGUCUGGCCAGGACUGCCGGCACAACGUUCAUGAUGACGCCGUACGUCGUGACGCGAUAUUAUCGAGCACCCGAGGUAAUUCUUGGCAUGGGAUACAAAGAGAACGUGGAUAUCUGGUCGGUCGGAUGCAUUAUGGGAGAGAUGAUUCGAGGUGGCGUCUUGUUCCCCGGAACCGAUCACAUUGAUCAGUGGAACAAAAUCAUUGAGCAAUUAGGAACACCCGCAGCAGAGUUUAUGCAACGACUGCAGCCGACGGUGAGGAAUUACGUUGAAAACAGGCCGAGAUAUCCUGGAUAUCCUUUCGACAGGCUUUUCCCAGACGUCUUGUUUCCGUCAGAUUCCUCUGAACACAACAGGCUAAAAGGUAGAGCGAGUCAAGCCAGAGACCUUCUUUCACGUAUGCUUGUCAUCGAUCCCGAGCGACGAAUCUCUGUGGAUGAUGCGCUGCUGCAUAACUACAUCAACGUCUGGUAUGACGAAGGAGAAGUUAACGCUCCUGCACCUGGACCGUAUGAUCACAGCGUCGAUGAGAGGGAACACACCGUGGAUCAGUGGAAGGAGUUAAUUUAUCAAGAAGUAAUGGAAUACGAAACAAGCCAUAACCCAGUUGCCGUUGCACAACCCGCAGAUUCAGCUGGAUCACGGUAGACACUGGCUGGAAUUCUGUAUUUUCAAAAUACGCGACAGUCUGAGUUAUAGUAACGGUGAAUUAGAGAAAGAAAGAAAAGAUAACACGAAUAAAGUCGCAAUCUACCCUAAAAUGGAGUCCAAGCAGUCCAAGUACUGCUCUAUGAGGUAAUCUCAAUACAAAAAAAAAAAAGAAAACCAAGACAAAACUGAUUUAAACAAAACAAAAAUCUGAUAAAUGAUGGGUAAUUUCAUAUAAGAAAGGGUUGUUUGUGUGGACGUUAUGAUUUCGUUCUUACGAGUCAGUUGCGUUUGGAGAAAUUUACGUAAGAUUUUUCUAGAAAAAAAAAAACAAAAAACAAAAAAACAACUAAUGUAAAAAAAAAAUAUAACAAAAAACGUAAAUAAAAAUAAAACCUUCCUGCAC